AUGGCUCAGGGUAGUGGCCUGCUACCCUCAGGUACCGUUCAAGGUGCUUUAGGGUUUUAUACCCUUUUCAGGAUAGAUUUUAUCCCUAUCAAUAUCAUUCCUCUGUCGUCAUCUUUAACUUGGUGCUCUGGUUUUUGCUAUUUUGCUAAGAAACUGUCUACUGAGAAGGAUUUUUUUCUACUAAUGGCUAAUCAAGAACAUAGCUCGAUUGAUGAUCUGGUGGAGGAGACUGAGAACUUCAGUCUUGAUGACUUUGCGAUCAAGGUGGUCCCUGAUUCUGCUACGGCUCAGGAGACGGCAGCCCGAACGGUGGUGGGCCGAUUUGUGGCUAAGCGGUGCGUUCCGAUCGGAACGUUGAGGAGGGCGCUUUCGGGUAUGUGGCGUGUUUCUCCUGGGUGGCGUCUGCAAGAACCAACCCCGAGAACAUUCAUAUGUCGUUUGAACAGCCCCAAAGAAGCAAAGUUUGUGCUGGAACAUGGUCCUUGGAAUCCUUGUGGGGGCUUCCUGCUGGUGGCAGCUCUUCCUGAAGAUGGUGACUGGAAAUCCGCAGAUUUGUCCUCGCUCGACAUUUGGGUGAAAGCUUCGGGGGUCCCUAUGCCAUUUAUGACAGAGGAGUGUGUGGCCAACAUGGCUAAGCGGAUGGGAUCUCUGCUUCAGGCUAACAAGGUGAGCCUCCCCCUCUUGGCGGGAGUGUCUCUAACUGAUGAGAGGAAGAAGAGAUGGUGGUGCCACUUUAAGUAUGAACGUCUUCCCCUGUUUUGUUUCAAAUGUGGGGUGAUUGGUCAUGAGGAGGAAGCUUGUUCCGGUAGGAAGAGAACUGUUACGGUUCAUGAUGGUCGUACCAUUCCUCUUUAUGGCCCGUGGCUUAGGGAAGGUUCAAAACUGGAAAAUGGUUUUGCUCUGUUAGAGGUUGAUGAUAUUCAUGACAUUAAUAGGUUGGAGAAGGAAGACCCGGUUGGUGUGGGUGUUGGGGGUGGGUCGGCUAGUGAUGUUGGUACUAAUGUUAAUCCGCCGGAGGUGGCGAAUGUCUCGGUUGGAACCACUAGAGUAGAGAGGGAAGGUAUGGAAGGUGUUGUAUCCCAGAAGUCGGACCAAGCUUUUGCUGUGGCUUACAAUGAUUAUGUGGAUGUGUCUAAAUUCCCUACCCCUCAUGUGAUGCAUGUGGCUAACAUUUUCAAAGAAAAGUUGGGUUCGGUUAGAUUUGGGGCAGACCGUGAGGAUGGGCGGGUGUUGGCUAAGUUGGGAGGUGCCCAUGCCCUUAGUAAACCCAAGUUGGUUGGUCCUAAAGGAGUGCCUCGGCCACCGGUGUUCGGUCGGAGUUUCGACAAGUUGAGUGGGUCCAAGAGGAAGCAUGGUACCGGGAAGACAACUCGGAAAAAUGAGUUUGUUGGAGAAAGUCAAGGACAAACUUGUAUCCUUGUGGUGGAUAAAACAGGGGUCCCGAAUGUCUUUGGCGCAGCUAGUGGAGUCAAUCAAAGUGAAAAUUCAGUAGGAGGGGAAGAGGGUGAAGACUCUAGUAAAAGACAUCGAAUUGACAUGAGCACUCUGAGAUCGAUAGAGGGAUCUUUUGGGUCGGGAAAUAGGGGCCCCGAGCCCCUAUUGGUGGGUGACAAGAUUGUGGUCACAGAUGAGAGGCGGGGGAGGGUGACGGAGUCGGCCCCUGCUCGGUUGGUAGUCUCUGGUGGAGAGACGGAGUCUCUAAUGUCUGAUGCUCGAAUUAUCGAAAAGGAGAUGAGUACCAAUGCUGGGAUCGGCCCGCUUGUGCGGGAUUUUUCUUUGGCCGAGGAGGCGGGCCUUAUCAUGCCCCCCAAAUCCCCAUGA